ACAUAUCCCCACCAUUCGAGGUUCGCGACGCCGACCGCCGACUCUGGCAGCAACCCGACACUACGCGCGAGCCUUGGAACGAGAGCAGCCCAUUGAUACACCUGAGAACAAGAUCCCGUAUCCCCCGCCACCGAAGCCCAAAACCGCGACGCCCAAAACCCUCCCGCCCGACACCGCAAGCACAGCCGCCAAGAUGGACCCCUACUCGGCCGAGGGCGAGCUCAUCAACCUGCACAACCACUUCCACCAGGGCCAGUUCCAGGAGGCGGCCGACUACGACAUCUCGGCCCUGUCGCCCGCGAACGCCCUGCCCGCCCGCGUGCUGCAGCUGCGCGCCCGCGUCGCGCUCGGCCAGGCCGAGGACGUGCUGGCCGACGUCGAGGGCGAGGAGGCCGACAAGCCCGAGCUGGCCGCCGUCGGCGCCCUGGCCCGCCUGAGCCUCGGCAAGACCGAAGAGGCCGUCGCCGCCGCCGAGAAGCUGGCCGCCGAUGCCGCCGAUAACACUGUCGUCCAGGUCGUCGGCGGCAUCGUCCUGCAGGCCGCCGGCAAGACCGAGGAGGCCGUGGCGCUGCUGUCGCAGCACUCCGGGAGCCUUGAUGCCGUCGCCCUGCUCGUGCAGAUCCACCUCGCCCAGAACCGCAACGACCUCGCGCUCAAGGAGGUCAAGGCCGCAAGGAGCUGGGCCCAGGACAGCCUGCUCGUCAACCUAGCCGAGUCCUGGGUUGGCCUGAGGAAAGGUGGCGAGGCCUACCAGCAGGCCUUCUACGUCUUCGAAGAGCUCGCCCAGUCCCCCGCAUCGUCGUCGGCUCGGACCCUCGUCGCCCAGGCCGUGGCGGAGCUGCACCUGGGCCGCACCGAGGAGGCGCAGGUGGCCCUGGAGCAGGCCAUCCAGAAGGACCCCGCAAACGCCGACGCCAUCGCGAACCUGCUAGUCUUGACCGUCAUCGCUGGGAAGAGCCCAGAAGAGCACUCUGCCUCACUGCUGGCGAAGGCGCCGGACCACCCGUUCCUGACCGACCUGGAGGAGAAGAGUGCGCUGUUUGACAAGGCGGCCGCAAAGUACAGCGCAAAGGUUUCGAGCUGAGCACGGUGUUUGGGGCGUUCAAAAGGGUGUUACGAAGUUAAUGACACUGUCUACCAGACGGGUUUACAAAAAUGAAUCUAGAUCUUCUGGGAACCGAGAGUAUGUGUCCGCGAAGUGCCCCACCAGGUUAAACCCCCUUCAGCAAUAGCCGUCGAAGAUGGCUGCGGCGUUCAUCUCGAUGUGCUUGCCAGCGGUUGUUGUCUCGAUGCUCGCUGACCAGCUUAGCACCACUGAGUUCAGGGUAGGAGGAGUCUUUGCCGCAGACCAUUGCACAAGCGUCAACAACACAAUGAUAAUUCCAAGUAGGCUUCCAAUCACGGCAGCGCGAAAGAGCGCGAAGUUGACGUGCUCCCAGUGCGAGGUCUUAGCUGGACCGUGGUGAGCCACAGGGGGAACGAGCGCCUUGAGACGGGCCUGCCGCAGCUCCUCUGCAGCACUGUUGAGAUGACGAGCAAUCUCGAGGAUUUCGAGACCGCCAACGUUGCCAAGAUUGAUAUGGACUUGUUGGACUGUCCUCACGGCCCCGAGAAUUUUGCGCACCUUGGGCGGCUGGCGGGAAUCUAUGCGUCAAUAUGGUGGUCUACGAGAUCCGGUCUGCGCAUAGGAAUGGGGCACGAGGCUGGGCUCACCUUCGCCUCAUCGCCCUUGGGGCCUUGGCGGGCGAGACUGGCGGUCCUGGAUGAGGAGCGGCUCGUAUAGCGAUACAUGGCCGCUUUGCUGACGGAAGUGGAGUAGAUUGUUUCUGUUGAGGAGCGUGCUGUGAUUUCUAUGCUUAGGCAGCUGGUGGGGAAAGGCGAUGUCGAUGGGGAGCCUGGAGAGAUGGGCACAUGGGAAAGAGGUGCGACGAUGCACCCUUUUAUAGAACGAUGGGUCCCUCUUUGCUUCAUCGUUUUGAUACGGGCACUGGUUCUAAUUGCUUCCCCUUCAUCUGUCCCUUAUUCUGAACCUUUGUAACGCAUCUCUAUGGAGCGGAGCUUCUACCAUCUCUUUAUCUUGCCAACUAGGUAGAGCGGGAGACAGAACUACGAAAGAAGAUCUUCCUCACGGCGCUACACCUCUCAGGGUACUCAGCAGACGACAACAAUGGGUAUGCAGACUCAUAUGUAUCUUCUCUGCUCUAUUGAAUCCAUGACAGUAGCAUAGCAAACAAGAUGCUUGGCUUGCC